GACUCAAAAUCAGUCCAGCCUCCACAGCUCCGAGUGGAGAGGGUCUUAUGUUUUGGCGCUUAAAGCUCUUAAGAGUUUAACGCGACUUUAAUAUAUACCCGCCAUCACCAUCAUCCAGACGUGCAUCAGAGGUGCCCUAGUGGGGUAGAGCAACUGCGGCAAAGAAACUGUUUCCCAAAUACGAAUUUUAAAUUCACAAUGGGUCGUGCAACGCGAUUGAUUCCGUUCGGUCUCGUCAUUCCGAUGCUUCUGUUUGUGCCACUUCAGCUUCUGCCACGGCCAACAUUCGGCCACACACUGGGUCCCAGUUGUCAGACGCCCGAGAAGACGGAGGGUCGGUGUGUGCACUUCAGCGUCUGCCGCUACGUCCUGCGCCAAUACGCGAUGUACAAGGAGCACAUGCCCCCAGCAAUAAUGCGAUUCCUGCAGCGAUCCAGAUGCAGGCCCAAAAGGGAAGGCUAUCAUUUGUGCUGCGAACUCAAAGAUGUAAUUCCCGCGAACGCCAACUCAAAGUUAAAGUAAAUCAACUUCAAAGUACGUCAUGUGUGGCACAAACAGGCCGGAAUGUAUAAUGUGUAAUGUGGGCUUUGAUCUGCCAAAUCAGUUGGUAGCUUUGUUUGGGCCCAUAACCGAAAUGUUAUGGCUGGGUCGCCACAUCGCCAGUAAUUAUAAUGUGUACACGAAUUAUGUAUUAAGUGCGCCUCAUGUCUCCUGUCUCGCCGGGCAACAGAUGCCGGGACAUAAUAAAAAUAAAAAGUUUAGCCUUAUUUUUAGCA